GAUGUUGGUUUGAAGAGGUGCAUGCCUGAUAGUUGUUAAGAAUAGCUGAAUGAUGUAUUCAUCAAUUGUUCUCUCUAUUAUCUAGAGUACUGCCUUGAAAUUCAGGAACUUUGCUUUCUAUUUUCUCACUCAUUUUCCCCUUAUUAAAGACCAUAUCCCUUGUCCCACAAGCACCAUGUCUUGUUUUUGGUCUUCCAUCGAUUUGCCUCCACAGAUCCUUGCCAAAGGAUUAUUUGGUGGAUAUGACGUAUGGUACCACUUACUUCUUAGCAAUUGGCUUGAUUCCAGUACACAAUCCCUGGAACAUCAACUGAGGAAGCUAAUCCAAAAGAAUGAGAAGAUCAAUUGGAUAUUGGAGAUCUUUCAGCCUCUUUUAGUUUCCGUUGUGGGGCUGCUAAUCAUGGCAACAUUGUUCUUACAUGAACUGAGUUACUAUCUUAAUAUAUAUACUGUUCAUCAGAUGGCUGUUGACUUGAGACGUGGAGAAAAUCUUCCCAUUCACAUAAAUAUGACAUUCCCGUCUCUCCCUUGUGAUGUUCUAAGUGUGGAUGCUAUUGAUAUGUCGGGGAAGCAUGAAGUAGACCUUGAUACAAACAUUUGGAAGCUUCGCUUGAACAGUGAUGGCCGUAUCACUGGCACCGAGUAUUUGUCAGACCUUGUUGAGAAGGAACAUGAAGCUCAUAAACAUGAUGGGCACAAAGAACAUCAUGAAGAUUCAGACAAGAUCCAUCUACAGGGCAUUGAUGAAGAAUCUCAAAAUAUGAUCAAGAAGGUUAAGCAAGCAUUGGCUGCUGGGGAAGGAUGCAGAGUGUAUGGCGUUUUGGAUGUCCAGCGGGUUGCUGGAAAUUUCCAUAUGUCCGUUCAUGGGUUGAACAUUUUUGUUGCUCAAAUGAUUUUUGAAAAAUCUACUCAUGUCAAUGUUAGCCAUAUCAUCCAUGAUUUAUCAUUUGGGCCCAAAUAUCCAGGUAUUCACAACCCGCUAGAUGGAACAUCACGAAUUCUGCGUGGUGCUAGUGGCACAUUCAAAUAUUACAUUAAGGUUGUUCCAACUGAGUAUAGAUAUAUAUCAAAAGAAGUUUUACCGACUAAUCAAUUUUCUGUAACGGAAUACUUUUCUCCCAUCCAUGAUUUUGAACGAACAUGGCCAGCUGUAUACUUCUUAUAUGAUUUGUCUCCAAUUACCGUGACCAUCAGAGAAGAACGUCGCAGUUUUCUGCACUUCAUCACUCGGCUCUGUGCAGUUUUGGGUGGGACAUUUGCCUUAACAGGCAUGCUAGAUGGAUGGAUGUACAAACUCCUUGAAGCUGUUACAAAGAAAAACAGCAGAACUAUUGUGCGCUAACGUCGAUGCAUUGCAAUACUGAUAUGUUCAACCAAGCUGAAUUGCAGAACUGGUGAACCGGGCAAGACCUUUAGCCAACAAAGCAAGUUUAUGAACUAGUUGUUUUUAUCCCCAGUGAUUUUGGUAGCACGAGAAGGGCAAUUGCCAAGUUUAUUCUCUGUUUGGUAUUAUUCAUUGGUCAAUGUAACAAAAUUUAGGAUUAUGAACAUCUCACUGACAAUUUAAAAACUAUAUAAAUUAAUCUCUUUUAUCAAAAAAAAAAAAAAAAAGCUUUGUAGUAACAGCUUUUCCUUCUCAA